UCCUUCCCUGGGCACUGUCGAAGAAUCGAGUCACUGGAGCAGAGCGCACCAGCAGCGGCUCUUGGAGUGGAGUCCCCGCCCUAGCUGCGCGAGCGAGAGCGCGCGCGAGGAAAGGAGAGAGAGAGAGAGAGAAGCGUCUGGGCAGCCGGCGGGUAGUAGAGCGACAGCGCGAGCUACGAAGGGAGAGCGCGAGCGACAGCGCGAGGCCCGGGCGAUGCAGUAGCCGAGGAAAGGAGAGAAGGAGCGACUGCUGCUGCUGCUGCUGCAAAAGGAGGAGAAGGAAGGCGAGGCCGCGCGCUGCCGCUGGCUCUGCUGCUGCUGCUUCCCCCGGCCAUGUCUUCCGCGGCGGUGGCGGUCUCGGCCGCCUCCCGCCGCCAGUCGUGCUACCUCUGCGACCUUCCCCGCAUGCCGUGGGCCAUGAUCUGGGACUUCACGGAACCCGUCUGCCGCGGCUGCGUCAACUACGAGGGCGCCGACCGGGUGGAGUUCGUCAUCGACACGGCGCGGCAGCUCAAGCGGGCCCACAGUUUCCAGGAGGCGCGGGGCGGCGGCGGAGGGGCGCAUCCCCAGCAAGGCCCCCACGCCAAGCCGCCGCCUCCCCCGCCGCUCAGCGCCAAGGAGAUGCACUCCGCCGCUGCCGCCGCUGCUGCCGCCGAGGCCGCCUCCCGCGGGGUCCCUCCGCCGCCCUCGCCCCACGAGCGCUACGCCCUGGCCGCCUCCUCGGAGCGCGCCCCGCCGCGUCUGGGCCCGGAGUACGGCGCGCGGCAGGUGAACGGCAUCCUGGUGCCCAACGGCUUCCCCAAGCCCGAGGAGCCGCCCGAGCUGAACCGGCAGAGCCCUAACCCGCGGAGGACCACGCACGCCGUGGCCCCCACCCUCGUGCCCUUAAUGAACGGCGCCGCGCUCCCCUCCGCAGCCGCCAUCGGGCUCAGCAGCCGCGCCGCCGCUUCCCUGGCUGCCAUCUCCGGCGCCCCGCUGCAGGUCUCGGUCGCGCAGGCGGGCGGCGAAGGCGCGCCCCCGCACAAGAGGCCCGGCUCCGUCUCUUCCUCCUCCUCUUCCUCCUCGGGCGGCGACGCCGACAAGGACAAGGGCUCCGCGCCACAGCGGGGCUCCGUAGACAACCUGGACGCCCUCGAGGGCAAAGCCCGCGGCGGGGCCUCCGAGCAGGAAUGGCUGGGGAAGCCCAAGACGGUGCGGGACACGCUGCUGGCCUUGCAGCACAGCGGCCACGCCGUGCCCUACGAGGGGAAGUUCAAGAAGGAGCCCGGCCUCGCCGCAGCCGCCUCCGCCGGAGGAGCAGCAGGAGGAGGAGGAGCAGGGCGGCUGCUGGGCUACGAGGGCAACGGCGCCAAGGCCUCCGGAGCACGGGCUGCCAGGAAAAGAAAGCCUUCCCCAGAACCAGAAGGAGAAGCUGGGCCUCCUAAAAUCAACGGAGAGGCACAGUCGUGGCUCCCAACCUCCUCGGAAGGGAUGAAGAUGCCGAUGGCAGCCGCCUCCUUCAUGUCCCCACCACCGCCCACCGCCUCGCCACAUUCCAACCGGACCACGCCGCCCGAGGCGGUCCAGAACGGCCAGUCCCCGAUGGCUGCACUCAUUUUGGUUGCGGACAAUGCCGGGGGCAACCACGCCUCCAAAGAUGCCAACCAGGUGCACUCCACCACCAGAAGGAAUAGCAGCAGCCCGCCCUCCCCGUCCCCCAUGAACCAAAGGCGGCUGCCCAGGGAGGUGCCCAGCCAAGGGGGAAAUGCCGGUGGGAUGGAGCCCGUGCACCCGGCCAGCCUCCCGGACUCUUCUCUGGCCGCAAGCGUCCCCCUGUGUUGCACUCUGUGUCACGAGCGCCUGGAAGACACCCACUUUGUGCAGUGCCCCUCCGUCCCCUCCCACAAGUUUUGCUUCCCUUGCUCCAGACAGAGCAUCAAGCAGCAAGGCGCCAACGGGGAGGUGUAUUGCCCCAGUGGGGAGAAGUGUCCCUUGGUGGGCUCCAAUGUCCCCUGGGCCUUCAUGCAGGGUGAGAUCGCAACCAUUCUUGCAGGAGAUGUGAAGGUGAAAAAAGAGAGGGACUCAUGACUUUUCCAGUUUCUCACUGCAACAUCACCUUUAACCUGAAACUGCUCAAAUUGUAUAAAUAUCUAUAAAUACCUAUAUAUAUAUAUUAUAUAUAUAUAUAUCUCCAAGACAAGGGAAAUGUAGACUUCAUAAAAACAUGGCUGUAUAAUUUUGAUUUCUUUUUUUAAUACAUUGUGUUUCUAUAUUUUUUGAAGACAAAAAGGUAUGUACUUAUGGAAACUUUUGUUUUGGUUAUAGCAAUUAUUUGUUGUGCUUCCUUGGUGACAGUUACUGUUCAGUGUAGGCUGUGACUUGGCGCUGCUUUUUUUUAGAGAGCACUUGGCAAAUCAGAAAUGCUUUUAGCUGUAAUUGUAUGCACUUGGUUUCCCCCUUCUUUUUUUAAAAUGCCAAAUACAUCUUCUGACAUUGUAAAGAUCGCCUUACUGUCUGUGGCCCCUUAUUUUUUGCUCUUACUCAUUUGUGUUGGAGUCUUAACAGGUUUUAGAGACAACAUGGAACACCUCCUUGGUUCAUUCCAAAGACAAGUCAGAAAGUACAUUUCACUUGGAAACAUAGUUUCCUUGUUGCUGCAAAAAUGCUUUUUCAUCUGAGAGCUGGCAGAUAAGUGAAGGAAGUUGCCUUCAGAGUAUUAUGCGAAACGAGACACAAUUAUGUUAGGGAUUGGAAGGUUAGUUUCCCUCCCUUAAGGACAAGAGUUGAUCACAGUUCAUAUGGUUGGUUGUAAGAUUGCAAAACUGCAUUUAUUUCUCCAUUAUGUGAUGCUUCUGCAAAUUUUUUGUGAUAAGUUUUAUUUUUUGUCUAACAAUGCAUUGAUGCAGGCAGAGUAACACAACUAUACUUUUUAACAGACCCAUGCCUUUUCAGCCCAUUCAGCAUGGUCAUUCCCUUCGUAAUCAUGUGGAAAGGUUUGGCAUAGUUUUUUUAUUUAAAAAAACAAACAUUUAAUGCAGUGCAGGUGAAUUGAUUUUACUUCUCACUUAGAGCAUAGUACUGUUGCUAUUGUUCCUGCUUCUGACAUCACGUUCCUAGGUAGUGGCAGAAAACAUUGUGGUGAUGUGCAGGUUUUCCAUGUUUUGCCUAUGUGUUGGCAGCAGAGAGAUUAAUGGAAAUUUCUGCCUGAAAUUUCAUAAUGCAUGUGUUGAACAGGAAACAACUCAGUUCAUAUUUAAAUGAGCAACCUGGGAUUUACGUUAACCUCAGUUUCAUGUAGGCAUGCCUUGCCUUUUUUGUUACUUUCACGAAUUCUUUUGUAAAAAUACUGUUUUGAUCACUCUACUUUUGUUUGUUUUGCAUCAGAAAGCACACGUUUUUAAUCAAUAAAUCAUCAGUUAUUAGUAAUAGCCAAACCUUGCUGUAGUGCUUCUGUGCUGUUUACAGUUGUGUUAGCAACACUGCUGUGCAACCCGUUGUGUUAAAUGUUCAUAUGGUCAUAAGUAAUUCUCAGAACGAUGGUUUUAUGGUCCCCGUUUCUGUGGCAAAACACUAUACAUUUUGAUGUUGAGAGAAUGUUCAACUGAGUUUAACUGAUGCUGUUGGGUCAGACUGUUCUUAAGUGUUAAUGUUCAGACUGCUCUUUAAUGCAGAAUAGAUUUUGGUAGAUCUUUUAAAAUGGUCAUAACAUUUGAAAAUCCAAACUGCACAUGCACAGUAAUUUUAUUUUUUGAAGUGUUUUAAUGAGUACACCCACUAGCAUUGUGUUCCAUAUUACAGAUCAGUGUAAUAUUAAAUAACAAGACUUGCAUGAUAAACCAAUUCAGUACUCUUUAAAAUGAUAGAAAUACAUAUAGUACAGACUGGUGUCUUAUGUAAACACAUGUUUAGACAGUUUGAAAGAGGAAAAAAACGCACAUAUAUACAACUGUAAAGGAUUCUUUGAAACCACUAUAGUCUGUGGAAAUAUGUAUUAGGCACUUUAUUAAAAUUGGAUUUGAAUUGAUAGAUGGUAAUAAGUUCUUAAGAAUCUCUUUGACAUAAUACCUCAUGAAUUAUACCAAUUUGUAUGGAGAAUUUGCAUUCUAGGUAAAAAACAAUAUCCUUGCUAAAAAUUAUUGGAAGGUUGGUUUGGUGUCUUGGCAUGUAGUUCAAACUUGAGCUUUUAAUGAGGUGGAAUGACAGUAAAUUCUUCCCUGCUAAUGCUAUUCAGGCAUGCCAAAGUAUUGAGAGGCAUUUGAUCUAGAUCUCCAACAAAAAUCCUUUUGUUUACACUUAUAUCCUAAAAUAAGUGUCUUCAUAUAUUGUAGCCCAGUAAUACCACUGUAUGUUCUUUAACGUAGCUUAAGUAGUGGGAAAGGUUAGGCCUUGUCAUAUCAUGUGAUUCCAUCUGGAACAUAUUCAAAGCUCUGUAUCUGGUCAACAAAUUCCUGGACCUGUGAAGGUUACCUACUGGUUCUAACACAAAUUAUACAUCCAUCAUGCAGAAAUGUCACAAACUAGGUCACAAUCUUCCAAUUUCUUUCCAUUUCUAUUGGGCUUAGUAUAACCCCCCCUCCCAUAUUUCUUGAUAAGUUUAUGACAUCACCUCAAUAGAUCACUAUAUAUUUACCAUAUGUUUCCUUGACUUCAAAGACUUUUUAAGUGCUUUAGCUGCAACAGUACUACCAUUAAUCUCUGAUAAGAAUGCAAACUUUGACUCCACUGCACAUAAAGUGAACUUGGUUGUUCAUUUCAGUGAAGUCAGGCUUUGCACCUUUACUUUUUUGAAGUUUUUAAUGGUGAUAAUUUGUAUAGCAAUAAAGCAAAACAUUGUUUUAAUGGAGUGUGAUUGUUGAAAUCUCACCUUCAUUAUACUUUUAAUUUACUUUUAUUGAAAUAUCACCUGCACUAUGCUUUCACUGUUUAUAGUUGCUAAACUAACACAUUACUAUUUUUACCUAUUAUUUUUUAUCUUUUGCAUUAAAUAAAGUGAAAUUAGGAGCUUAAA